UUUUGUGUGUAACUCCGGGGUUAAGAAUAUUUACUCUACGCUUGCUAUAAGAUAUACAAGAAGUGCCACGACAAAUGGUCAAGAGAUUUGAUCGUGCAAUACAACCUUCGCCGCUCUUUCAAUCGAGAUCUUCGCGAGACACACACUCACUGCCAUCAAUGUGGACCUGCUCGAGGUGUUUCUUAUUCAGCAAACAAGAUGAACGAGUGACCCAGUAUCCAGCAUCAGGACAUUACGGCGAUUCCAGAGUGAAAGUGAAGUGCGCGUAUUCGGUAAUGUGAAGUGAAAUUAGUGUAAAAAUCGGCAUGAACGGUAAUUAGAGCGUACCUACGCGUAAGUUUUCUUUAUUUCUCAGCAAGGAUUGUCUGCAUACUUCAUUUUCAUGAUCGUAAGAUUUUUUUAAAUGUUAAGAUAAAUAUGUUAAUUUGAUAUGAUAAGUAAAUUGCAAGAGUUACUUGGUGAUUUAAAAACCAUUAAAGAAUAUUUAGUUAAGCUUAGUUAUGAUAGAAGGACGCCUGAAGUCCUUAAUGCAAAGUUAGAAGAGGCAUUUUUAAUAUAUUCUAACUAUCUAAAAAUUUGUGAACAAGUCCAGGUAGAUAUCGAUAAGAAAAAACUGACUGGUCAAAGCUUAUUGGAUAUUCAGAGUUUUUAUGAACAUAUUAGGAGUUUGUAUAAGCAAAUAGAGGAUUUUUGUCACAAAACCUAUACAAGUUCAAAUCCACCGUCUAAUAAAAAUUUCAAAAUGGGCGAGUUUAACUUGAAAAUAGCGCUUUCAUUAAUACCGUCCAUGACUGACGAUGAAGUUGCAAUUAAUCAAUUAAUAGACUCUAUAGAAUACUACGACUCUACCUUAAAAAGUGACGCGAAACAACAGUUCAUAAACUUUGUCUUGAAAAAUAGACUUACACAAGUAGCUAAAUUAAAGUUAAGUUCGUCAUACACUUCUGUCCAAAAUUUAGUGACAGAUAUGAAAAAACUAUUGUUGCCUAAAAAAUCAGCCACAGCUAUUCAAAAUAAAUUGCAGACCUUGAGACAAGGAGAGUCUUCGAUUGAUGACUUUGGUCAAAAAUUGUCGAAAAUGUUUGUAGAUCUCACGAUCGCGCAAUCAGACGGUGACUCAAAUGCAUUUAAAGUAUUAAAAGGUCUUAAUGAAAAACAAGCGAUUAAAAGAUUCGCGGACGGAUUGCGCAAUCGUAGAGUAAGUACAAUUAUUGCAGCUCGUGAUUACGACUCUUUAAAAGACGCCAUACAGGGUGCCAAGGACGAAGAGACGACUUCAAGCAAUACGUCAAGUGAUGUAUUUUCUUUUAACCAUCGUAAAACAACUUAUUUCAGUAGAGGGUACGUUCGAGGGCGUGGCUCUUAUAGGGGGCAACCACACUACUCUUCAGGCGCAAGGACGCUACACAACCCAGGACAUUCGGCAACAGGAGCAUCAUACAACUACAGGAGCCGAGGAGCUGGCAGAGGAGGCUACCAGUUCCAGAGCAAUCACCGAGGCAGAAACUACCAAGGAAACCGAGGUAAGUCUAACACUUUUAAUGGAAACAAUGGAUAUCGCAACAACCGUAUUUUUACGGCUGAAACUGAAACUGAUAAAAAUGUGAGCCCAAAUCAGUUUUUUCGUGGAUAAUGAAUCUAUAUUUGCAAGUAAUGAUACAUGUUUAGUUUAUUUCAAUGUGCAAAACAAAAGACAAUUAUGGUUAUGUGACACCGGUGCCUCGAUCUGUGCUUUGAAGUUGGCGAUCGCUUUGAAAUUAGAUAUUCCGAUUUAUAAAGACAAGUUAAUUAUUAACGGAAUAGGUGGAACAAAACAAGCAAUCGGAUAUGCUUACAUUGAAUUAACGGAACGUGACCAUGUAUUUCAACAUAAGUUUUAUAUUUUUGACGACUUCUUUUCAACCACGUGGGACGGAAUAAUAGGUAAAGAUUUUCUUUUAAAAUACCGCGCUUUGAUAGAUUUACGAAAUAUGGAAUUGACCUUAGAAUCAAGUAAGAAUGAGACAGUUUGUAUACCUUUUGAAAAUGAUAGAACUCAUUUAACUCUUCCACCAAGAACCGAAUCAUUACAUUUCGUGACUACAAACUUAGAAGAAGAUUGCGUAGUGUUUUCAUCAGAAUUGCAAGACGGUAUAUUUUUGGCUAGUUCAAUAGUUAGACCUUCCAAUGGAAAAUUACCUAUAAAAAUAUUAAAUACGACCGAAAAAGAGAUUAAACUAAGUGAUUUAAAGCUAGUAAUACAUAAAGCGAGUGAUUAUGAUAUUUGUUGUUUUGAUAAAUGCGACUCAAAAAGUGUAGAUCGUGUAAAGGAUUUAUUUACUCAUUUAAAAUUAGAAAACCUUAACAAAGAAGAACAGAUUUCUGUAGAAAACUUAUGUGCCAAAUAUUCCGAUAUUUUUUAUUUACCCGGUGACAAGUUAACAACGACAAAUAUUUACAAUCACUCAAUAACAUUAAAAGAGAACACUAGUCCUAUUUAUACGAAACCGUAUAGGUUACCACACGCUCAGAAAGACUUAAUAAACACUGAGUUAGAAAGUAUGCUAAAACAAGGCAUAAUAGAGAAAUGUUCAAGUGAGUGGUCUAGCCCACUUCUAAUAGUUCCCAAAAAAUUAGAUAAAAGUGGUGAGAAAAAAUGGCGUAUUGUUGUAGACUACCGAAAAUUAAAUAACUGCAUUCAAGAUGAUAAAUUUCCACUUCCCAAUAUUACCGAAAUUAUUGAUUCUUUAUCAGGUUGCGUAUAUUUUACACAUUUAGACUUGGCAAACGGAUAUUAUCAAUGCAAUUUAGACCAAAACAGUCGAAAUUAUACAGCCUUUGCCUCAGGCCAGUGGCGCAUGACUCGCAUGCCCCAAGGUCUCAAGUCAUCUCCAAAUUCUUUUUCUAGAAUGAUGAAUUUAGCAAUGUCUGGUUUAACAUAUGACAAGUGUCUAAUUUAU